AUGGAGGCUUUGGAGUUGACUUCCACGGAUAAUCCAUACUUAGACUUUUAUCGCGAGUUUGUGCGCGAACAUCGUGAAGAAUUAACAGCGGUGUUCGAUCCAGAGUUGAGCGAUGAGGCGCGCUCCGAAAUGUACGCGGCACUGGACGUGAGCGUGGCGAUGAAGUACUCUUGGGCUAUUCCAGAUGAGCGCGCGCUACAGAUCAUCAAACACUACGGGCCGAUUGUAGAGAUGGGGGCAGGGAGUGGGUACUGGGCUCGGCUGCUGCAACUUCGUGGAGUGGAUGUAAUUGCAUAUGAUUUGCGCGUUGCUGGCGAAGAGGAGGAAAAUGAAGUGAAGAGUGAUGUCAAGGAGAAUGGUAAAAGUGCUGCAACAUGUAGAGAAGAGAUCAAUGAAGAUGCACAGGAAAAUAAUGGCGAAGAAAUUUUAGAUAUUGGUGAAGAAGACGUUAAAAAUGGUGAAACCGAUCAACUAAAUGAGGACGAGGAAUUUGAGGACGAACAAGAUGUCGAAGUGGAACAAGUUUACUGGACGAAUGUGCUAAAAGGAACGCCAAAGGACCUGCACAAGCAUACAAAUCGUGCGUUGUUUCUGUGCUACCCUGACGACUUUGAGGACAGCCACGAGUCCAUGGCCAUGAAAAGCCUUUGCAACUAUUUGGGUGAUACUGUGAUCCACGUCGGAGAGCUUUUUGGUCAAACUAUUUGCCUUCCUGGCGUAUGGGGCCGAACGUCUUCUGAAGAGUUCCAGAUUCACCUAGCAACCGUUUAUCAUAAAGUAUUGCAGGUGCCGCUGCCUUCAUGGCACUCCAGCAUUGACACGCUGACAGUAUGGAAGCGUACAAAAUCUUCCAUCACAGAUGGGUCGAUGUAUGCGUUUAUCCCGGAGAACGAGCGAAUAAGUUUAGCUGCUGCAUCCCCGUCCACUCGCCAUUUAUUGUUUCUAGACAACUUGGAUGAAGAAUCGGUCAAACUGAUAAAAUCGACGAAGAGACAAAGAGGACCCGACUAA